AGGCGAGGCCAUUUUUUGUCGUCUCAAGCUGCUGUUAGCCUGUUAGAAUUUUGGUGUUCUCAUCUCAUCUGAUUCCUCAUUUCUCUAACUAAGAUUGCACUUUCUUUUGCCUCUCUCUCUCUCUCUCUCUCUCUCUCUCACAUGUUCUGUGUCAGUGUGAACUGUCAUGAAGACAUGAAUACAGCAGCUUCCUUACACUUCCUUCAGCUAGCUCUGCCAUCUGAUCAGCCCGCACUGUAGAUCAAAAAAGCAACUCAUCAUCCUUUCCCUCAUCUCCUAGUUUUACUAGCUAGUUUCCUACAGGCACUGAGUACUGAUAUCUAAAUACCAGUUUUUUUUCUUUUUUUUUUUUUUGUUCUCUUUUUUAUGUCUUAAUAAUAUCUCAAUUCCAGCUCCCAUGGGCCCAUAAUUAUCAUUCAGUUCCAGAACUUCAGCUCUGGAAUCUGAGCCACCAUCUUUUCCCUGCUUUUUUUUUUUUUUUUUUCGGUUUCUUCUUUCAAGUUCUUACAAAGGCUCUUCUUUCAAACCCACCUUUUGUAUUAUAAAUUACAUCAUUCUUCUAAUCCUCUGCAAACAUUUAUACAAACCGUUACUGGAGGACCCAUUUGUUGGACUCUCAAUUUAAACGAGGCCAUCAAAUCAAUUGAUCCUUCACAUUUCUUUGUUGCUUGAAUCUUUGGUUUUUCAUCCAUGAAUGAAUCUGAAAUGCCCAUUCCUCACCUGUUCAGAUGCCCAAUUAGUCUAGACUUGCUCACGGAUCCAGUCACUUUAUGUACAGGCCAAACCUACGACCGAUCCAGCAUAGAGAAAUGGCUUGCUACAGGUAACCACACUUGCCCUGUCACAAUGCAGAAGCUCCAUGAUCCUUCCAUGGUUCCAAAUCACACUCUUCGCCAUCUUAUCUACCAGUGGCUUCAAAUGGGUCCCCAUCUCGAUCCCGAUUACCUGGAAAUUGAUCCUGAUCUUUCUUUGGCUGCACUGAGGCACAACCUUGAAUCAAAUGAAUCCCCUUUGGAAACCAAGCUCCAAGCCUUGGAAAGAAUUCAAGUCCUGAUAACUAGAGAAUUUCCAUGGAGAAAUUCGUGGUUCACCCAGUUAGGCUUGUUCCCAUUCCUCUUGGAGCAACUCUUUGGUAAGGUAGAGGCCAAUGAAUACCGAAGCAAUUUGAACUUGGCAGAACAAGCGCUUUCUUGUGUUCUGGCAUUGAUGCCUUUUGGUGAAUUGGGGUCUCUGAAUAUGCUCAAAGAAGAGUCCAGUUUGGCAUCCUUUCUAGUCCUGUUCCAGCAGGGAACAAUCACAGUGAAGAUAAGCUUGUGUCAUCUUGUGGGAGCAAUAUCCUCGUCUCAGGAAGUGAAAGAGCUGUGUGCUGAGCUUGGAAAAAAUCAAAGACUCCUGCGGGAGAUUGUUCUUCUUGUUUGCGAGCAUUCCGAGGCUGCUGAAGCCGGAAUCAAAGCCACGUUGGCAUUGUGUUCCUUGGAACAGAAUCGUGAGAAUUUGGUCAGAGAAGGCGCAGUCGAUGGACUCAUAACAUACAUUUCAAGUGUGGAGGGAUGCGAGAAAAGCUCGGCACCAUUGGCAAUGGCAGCAAUUGAGUUGCUCUUAGGGGUCGAAGGUGCAAAACAGGCUGUGAUCAAUAACCCAAAUGGCGUUAAGGCUCUAGUUAAGAUGGUUUUCAGAGUAUCCGAUCAUGAAGGCAGUGAGAGCGCCAUCGAUUCACUUAUGAUUGUAUGUUAUGAAUCGCUGUGGGCACAAGAAGACGCAAUUUCUGCUGGCAUUUUGACACAGUUACUAUUGCUUCUUCAGAGCCAGUGUCGUGGAAGGACCAAGACCAAGGCUAGAGCAUUGCUCAAGCUGCUUCAGUCGUUGUGGGCUAAGGAAACAAAGCAUGUGUAGACUAAAAAUGAAAACGUUUGGACUAACCCCUGUUAUGGAUAUUAUCAAUAAGUGUGCCUCACCUGUAUUUGAAAGAAAAUUCUGUUGCUUUGAAUCCUAGCCAAUAUAGUCACUUGGUUCAUGUUAGUAGACUCAACGAGAUUAUACAGUAACAUUGUAAAGAAAAUUCACGAAAAGAAGAAUUGCAUGAAUAAGAUGUUUUCAUUCAAGCUAAA